AUUAACUCAUUCCAAUGAGACCUUUGAUGUGAAAUAAGCUGUUAUGCUCAUUCAAAAGGUUGCAGCAGUGAAACGACCCGUUUUGAUUCAGACCCAGCGUGACAGAUACAGGAGCAGCUUUCGCUCUGUCAAAAUGACGACCUCUUUUUCCAUGAAUUAUUUCUCAUUGCGGUUCACUCCCACGGCCACGGAGCGUCUGACCCGCGCACGAGCGUGUGCUGUCGGGAGCGCGCAGCAAUCAUACCUCAUCCGUAGCACGUCUCGGUGGUGUCGGAAAAAUAGGAGACGUCGGUCUUUUGCCUAAAAAAAAAAAACGACGACGACGACGACAACAAAAACAACGACAACGAAGACAACCCGCUCCUUCGGCCCUCGUGCUUCAUUGUGAGAAGAAGCCAACCAUUUUUCUUCCGAAAGUCUUGCACGUUUUUCGGACGGCGAGAAGAGGAGCGCGGCUGCGGGGAUGUGGCGCUUCCGGGCUCAUCCCUCAUCUCGCGGGGCAUUCCUCUGAGUUGAUCCCGGCGACGCUCCCGGCGUGGUUCGGUUUGGGGAUGUAUACGACCCUCCGAGGGACCCGAGCUGAGUGUACUGAUUCCACGGAACGAUGAGCCCCGUGGGAGCCCGACACGUCUCGUGAAAGGCUCAUAAGGGAACUGCCCCGGCUCCUUCAUCCUGCCCCUCUAAUAUUCUGCUGUGGCGCACCUCCUCCAUGUCCCCUCCCUGCUGUGGCCCUCCCAUGGAGAGUGCACGCCCACCCAGAUAGGAUGCCUGCUUUGCCCGACGUUCUGAAUCCCCUCCUGCCCGUCACCUCCUCCUUCUCCUCUUGUGUACCUGCUCUCACCAACAGUUCCCUGUGGACCCCCGCGCUCCGCCCCGCUCCAACAUGGUGGAUGAGGUAACCACCAUGAAGGAUGACGUCAUCAAUGCCAACACGCUGGCUUGGCUGGUCUGCUCAGGCGUGUCCAUCCUGGCCAACACCUGGAGCAUCCUUAGCGUCAGUGCCAAGCAGAAAAAGUGGAAGCCGCUUGAAUUCCUCAUCUGCACGCUUGCGGGCACGCACAUCCUCAACAUGGCCAUCCCUAUCACCAUGUACUGUGUCAUAACACUGCGCCGCCAGCACUCAAACUACGAGUGGAACGAGGGUCUGUGCAAGGUGUUUGUCUCCACCUUCUACACCCUCACGCUGGUCACUUGCUUCUCCGUCACGUCCCUCUCUUAUCACCGCAUGUGGAUGGUACGCUGGCCUGUAAACUACAGGUUGAGUAACACCAAGAAGCAGGCAGUGCACACAGUGAUGGGCAUCUGGAUGGUGUCUUUCAUCCUGUCAACACUUCCAGCUGUGGGCUGGCACGACACCAUCGACCGCUUCUACACCUCUGACUGCCGAUUCAUUGUGACGGAGAUCGGCCUGGGCUUCGGCGUGUGCUUUCUGCUACUGAUAGGGGGCAGUGUUGCGAUGGGUGUGAUCUGCAUUGGCAUCGCUCUCUUCCAGACCUUUACCAUCCAGGCGGGCCACAAGGCUGACAAGAACAAGUUCAACGUCCCCACCAUAGUGGUGGAGGACGCCCAGGGGAAGCGCAGAUCAUCCAUUGAUGGAUCGGAGCCUCUCAAGACAUCACUGCAAAUCACCUACCUGAUCAGUGGGAUUGUCUUUAUCUACGACUUCCUCACAGGCUUCCCCAUACUGGUUGUGAGCUUUGCCAGUCUGAAGUUUGACCGUUCCUACAACUGGAUGGUGUUGUGUGUGGUGUGGUGCUCUAUUGCUCAGUCCAUCCUGUUGCCCAUGUUCCUCUGGGCCUGUGACCGCUAUCGGGCUGACAUCCGCAUGGUGUGGGAGAAGUGCGUCGCCAUCAUGUCCAACGACGACGUGGAUGAGGAAAACAGCCAAGAUGGAGGAAUUCAUGCCGACUUAAUAUUUGACAGACCAUUUGACUAUAGCUCGGCGCCUGAAAUCGUGACGGUAGACCGUAAUGCCAAGUAUGAGUUCUCAACCUUAGAAAGGGGGGUUCCGCAAGGGUAUCCAUUGAGAGAACAUCAGGAAGAUAAAAUGCAGUAUUUGCAGGUGCCCCCUACAAGAAGAUACUCCCACGACGAUACCGACAUGUGGACCAGCGACCAGAUCCCCUCAUACCUUCACCGAUGGGGCUCCACCGAGGACAUGAUAGUGACUGCCCACUACAGCUCCACCUUGCCGCGCCGCGAGAGGCGCAGGAACAGUCUGGUCUCCUACCACGAGCAGAGCCGCCAUCACCCGCAUCGCAAGCGGCGGCGUUCUGAGGAAAGCGCGCACUCCCUCAAGCACCUGCCGCGCGUGGUUGGUGGCGGGGAGCACUACGAGGACGCGCUGCGGUGUUUUAGCCGCGAUGAGGUGAUCAACUUCAUCGACGAAACGCCGCUGCCGAGCCCCAGGAAGAGCCCGCGGCGCGCCUCCGCCAUCUCGCUAGUCCCAAAUGCGUACGAGCAGCACGCGGUCCUCCUUCCUCACUUCCCGCUCACAGACUUCGAGCGAGAGCCUCACGCGCUCAGGCGGCUCUCGGAACACAGGAGGAGCAGCAGCCGGGAGGACGCGCACGAGGCUUCACUCAAAGCGGACCGGCCCGCCGGCAAAGGCGACCGCGAGCGUGCGCGCGACGGGAAGCAGCAGCUGUGCGCGGCGGACCCGCGGACUCACGGGCGCGCCGCCUGCAGGCCCAGGACGGGCGGAGGAGCCGGAGAGGACGCUGCAGCUGACUGGAGUUAUCAGAAGCACCAGAGCAAGGGCGACAGGGGCGACGUCGGCGCGAAUAGUUUCUUAAGCACACCCUCGGGGUCUUCCAAGGGAUACAUCACCUUCCACUCCGAUUCUGUCGGCUCCGCCACCUAAAAGCAAAGUUUACCCUCGGUAGCAUUAAUAUUGAAGUAAUGACAACCAACAGGGUAUUGAUGGUUAUGCGAAAGUGACAUCCUGGAUUAUUUGUCCCUUUUACUUGUGCCACUAUUCAGUUUUACUAUAUAUACCACCAACAUGCAACUAUGCUAAAUGGCUUUAGAAGCUUUUCUGAAUGGGCCUAAAGUUAAAUUCCUAUUGAGGGACUGUGACAAGUUUGUGUGGUAUUGUUAUUCAGCUUUUAUAUCACCAAAUUACUUUUUUUUUCUAGUACUGUUACAAAUACCACCUUUUUUCAAAUAGAGAACAUUGGCACAUUGUUUUAACUGUUUGAUGUUGUUUCUUAUGAACUGCUCAAAGAAUUCCAGUUGGAGGUUGUUGUUUAAGGAGGUAUUUUUCUCUUUCCUUUUUCUUGCACCUAAGAACUCAUUGUACUUCAUUUUGCCCUAUAAUAGCUGUGUGUUUUUUGUUGUAUGCACACAUUGGCUGUCAAACCAAACUCUAAAUUAACUUCUGGACACUCCACAGUAUACAUGUUUGUUUUUCUUUUAUGAUGUACACCUUUUCUAUUAACAUAAACACAUGCUUGUUUUAUAUUUUUCAAGCACACUUUGUCAAAACUGAGCCUUCUAAUGCCAAACUCCUUUUUUGCCUAAUACUUUUAAAGUUCCUGUGUGAUAUUGAGAUAUAACAUAAAGACCCCUAAAUUCCUAAGGAGUGUGGAAAAUAGAUUGAAAUGUCCUGUAGAAGAAAACAUAUUGGAUUUAUGGUGUAAGUGUUUUUAUGUUUAAUAGGACCUUUGCUUAGAACUUUUCCACAUAAUUCUCAUGCCAAUGUUUAUGUCAACUUUGGAGACGUUAUGGCACAACUGUUACCCACCACCUUCAACUGAGCAUGUCAGCCUGACCUCAACUCUCAUUUGUUUCAGUAACGUGGAAGAGUGCGCCAAUCACUUUUUUAAUCCUCCAUAAGAAGGAACUUCGAAAAUAUGUAAAAUGGGGCUACGGUUGAAUGGUCAAGCUGACUAGGUGUAGCAUAAGUUAAAUUCUGAUGAUGUUCUAAAACCCUUUAAAGAUGUUAGCAACAAUUAGGAACAUUGUUAAAAGAAUGGAAAUGGUGUAUAGUAAUUGUAAAUGCUACAACAAAAAGCAGGCAUCUGAUAUGUUAUCUAAGACCAAUGGCGCUCAAUUGCGAAUGAAGUAAUGGGAUUUAUUGUAGCCCCAUAAAUGUUAGCAAAUCGAAGUAUCCCCGCAUAUGGAUUCAGGGAUGUGUUUGCAUUUAUUCAUUUUCUAUGAAUAUAUAUUUGGAGAGAAAAUAUGGUUAUUCGUCACUGUAUCAAAGAAUAAAGGUCAAGGACAGUAAUGGGAUUAUCAGUGACCAUAGUUUUGUGAACUUCUUAUACUUUGCUCCCUCAAUCACAUUGCAGUGAACUUGUGCAAUGCUUCAAAAAGCCUGUUAAAUUCACUAAAAAGCUUUUUACCCAAUGUGAACAUGUGCUCACUAAAAGGAGGAAGAACCCUGGGCGUGGACGUGCAGUAACUGCUAACCCGAAUGUAUUUGGACAUUAAAAGGUUUUCAAAGAAAAUAUAAGGUAAGGAUAACAUGACAUUGAUAUGUGCCCUUUUGCUAUUAUCCAAGUAAUAAAGUUGCACAUGUUUGACAUAUAUUCAUUUUAUACCUGCAGUCAUUUAAAUGUUUAUUUUGAAUUAUGUAUUCGUGUUCCUCUCACUUAUUGCAGCCUAUAUUCAACUGGACUGCAUUGCUGUAUUUAGCUGAAAUGCAUCCUUUGGAAGCAAAACAUCACAUUUACCUGUCAAACAUUGCUUUGUUGGAGAUUUUUGCAUUUUGUUGUUUACAAUAUUAAAUUAUAAUUUUGUAACAUUAAAAGAUUUAUGACUCAAAUAUGAA